AUGAGCCGUGAGCAUGAUAACAACCCGCUUUCCGAGAACAUAUUCGAUUACCUGCGGCUGCUCGCCUUGGACAGUUUUGACCCUCCUGUCGAGAGCAAGGAACCAACAUUCAUCAAAAGCUGUCACCUGGUCGACGUUCGGCUCUCCCCAGAAGGCAUCGUGACCAGUGGUCGGCUCUGGAAAUUAUACAAAGCGAUUGAUACUGGGACCUUUGCCUCUGAAAAUCCAUCGGAAAAGAAAUCCCUCAAUGGCACGAACGCGUAUCAGAGGAAACGGCUGCGGCAACUCUCUGUUGAGUUGCAAGUACGAGGCCACGAGAGGCUUGCAGUCGAUCUUGAAGGUUAUCUGGACGAGGACGCUAAGGGCAAGCAAUACCCGUCGAAGCAGUACGAAGACUUGAUGGUCGAGGAAGUUGUGGAAGCCAUCAGGGAUCGUAAGACGCUUUACCUGAGCUGUCUAGAAGGCACUAAUCCAUACCGUGGAUGUUUUGUAACUGAUGCUGCUCUGGAACUGCCAUCUCAUGUCUUCACAGCCUGGACCCAGGCUAAAUCUGGCGGUAAGGCGCUAGAUGAUAUAUAUGCAGAAAGGCUUUUGAAUAAGAUUGUUUCAUUGGAAGUCGAUAUUACAGGACACACCUUCAAAGGCCUACCUCGACUGGAAGCGGAAAGAUGGGUCAACGGAUUGUGUUUUUUUGAUGGAGGUCCAGCGCGAGAUGUAUGUUUCAACUACCCGAGCUCACUUACACAAAAGUGUUGA